AUGAAUAGUACCAGUACUGCAGCUCAUCAUCAAUACCCCCACCCUAACCAAGACGUUAACCCUACCAAGUCCAACCAUGAAGAAAAACCCACUACUGAAGAGACUAGCUCAAGUAGCAACAAGAAAGGUAAAGGCAAAGGAGGACCUGAUAACAACAAAUUCAGGUUUCGAGGAGUUAGACAACGCAGCUGGGGCAAGUGGGUAGCCGAGAUCCGAGAGCCGCGUAAACGGACACGCCGCUGGCUCGGCACGUUCGCCACUGCUGAAGAUGCAGCUCGAGCCUAUGACCGUGCCGCUAUUAUACUCUACGGUUCAAAGGCUCAGCUGAAUCUUCAACCUUCUGGUGCAAACACUAGUAGCUCAUCAUCCACUACUUCUAAACGUUCAUCCUCUACUGUCCAAACUCUUCGUCCUUUACUUCCUAGACCUCCUUCCGGAUUUGAUCUUUCUUUCUCUUCUUCUACGCUUCUAGCUCCAAACCAAUUCGCUGCUGGUAACAAUUACGGAUUUUACCCUGCCCUACAAUAUUCUGACGACAUGUCACAAAAUCCUCACCACUUAAUUCAGAAAGACGGACAUGUCGAGGGUGAGACCAUCAAAGCAGCAGGGAUAGGGAUUGUAUGGUCUGACUCAAACCCUAACCCUAAUCCUAGACAUCAUCAACAAGAAGGAGAUCAAAAUCAACAGUAUGAUCAGCUGCAACAUCAACAUAAUUGUUUGUACGAUAGUAACUUAAACACGUCAGUAGGUCAAUCCUUGUGUGUCUGUUCGACUCAAAUGGUGGAUGCAGCACCGGUUGUUUCCGAUCCGGUGGCCACCGUGGCAUCUCCCAUUUUGUGGCCUAUUGCUGAUGAUAAUUACCACCCCGCAGAUAUUUGGGAUUAUGGAAAUGAUCCAUUCUUGUUUGAUUUUUAA